AUGCAAGUACCUAUCCUUCUCUUCGGUCCUCUAUGCUUCUUGGAGCUCUGGAGCUUGGCCGAGGGGUACGCGAUGUGGUAUCUGAAAGUAUCGCAAGCUCCUGGAUGUGUGUGGGAUGCGGUGGCGACAGGGGUGAGAGUGACUGAGAGAGACAAGGCAGGGAGUUACUUUCGCGACAAGUCCAUCAGUCUUGGACUCUUCCGCCGGAGAAAAGAGAGUAGGAGAGAGAGAGAGACAGAGAGGACCACCUGGGAAAUCCAAUCGACCCUGCCAAGUCGAAAAGUCUCAGAAAGCUAG